UCUUAAAAAGCUUCCGCUUACUAUAAGUAAUUUGUCUUUUAGAUUUCUUUUGCAAAAUGAAUAUAAUGAAAUUUCAAAGUUCAUUUUAAUUUUGUUUCAGACAAGUAUGCUGAACGAUUUCGUCAGGAGGAGUCUCCGAUUUCUAGUCUCCUUAUUAGCAAUUAUAGUGUAUCCUUUAACGUAUAUAUUAAGCAUCAAGAGAACGAGAAAAUGUCCGCCACCAACCAAUUCUAUUCUAUUCAAAUCUGCAACAACAUUGACUGCAAUGAUCAGAAACAAGGAGAUCACAUCAGAGGAAGUUGUGACGGCUUUUAUAGAACGGUGUAAACAGGUAAAUCCAUACCUGAACGCUAUUGUAGAGCCGAGAUACGAAUGCGCCUUAAGAGAAGCAAGGGCCAUAGAUAAAAUGAUCGCAUCUACUACAAAAACACCUGAUGAGUUGGCCAAAGAAUAUCCUUUAUUAGGAGUGCCUUUUACUGUUAAAGAAAGUAUAGCAGUUGAAGGAAUGAGCAACGAUUGUGGUACAGUGCAUCCUUACAGAAAUCCUGCGAAAGCAGACGCCACUAUUGUACGUCACGCGAGAGCGGCUGGUGGCAUUCCAAUUGCUGUUACAAACACUCCCCAACUAUGUAUGAACUGGGAAACAUAUAAUAACGUUUUGGGAGUCACCACUAAUCCGUAUGACCAAAAACGGACGCCUGGCGGAUCCUCUGGAGGAGAGGCCGCUUUAAUAUCUGCGGCUGCAUCUGUAAUCGGCUUGGGAUCUGACAUUGCGGGUUCACUUAGACUACCGCCGAUGUUCACUGGAAUAUUUGGACACAAGCCCACGGCCAGGUUAUUAUCUGUUCAAGGACAUGUACCAGAUUGCACUGACGAUUCUUUCGAGGAAUACUUUGCUCUUGGGCCCAUAACACGAUAUGCUGAGGAUUUAACGCUCCUUCUUAAAAUUCUUAGAGAACCCAGUGGACCCUAUGUGCCUUUGGAUAGUUACGUAAAUGUCAAGAAACUUAAAUAUUAUUAUAUGGAAGGAGAAGGCAGCAAUAUCACAAACCCAAUCGGAUCAGAUGUCAGGAAAGCUCUCCAAAAAGCAAAAGACUAUAUGAAGACUACUUAUGACAUUGAAGUCGAACACCUCAAGAUAAAGAAUAUGGAGCACAUGUGGGAAAUCAGCAUCAGGGUUUUAUUCAAUAUAAAGAAUAUCCACAACAUCUAUACAGACCCAGAGAAUCGCAACAAACUUCUGUCUAUGUGGCCGGAAUUCUUCAAGAGAUUAUUGGGACUAACAAAUAACAACUUCACGUGUGUUGCUUACGGACCACUACAUAAGUUCAUGUGUGCACUUCCAAAGAGUGAUAUUGCCAAACUCCUAAAGAUUUUCGACGAGAUCAAAACUGAAUUCUAUGUAAGUUAAGUCCAUUUAUUGGUUGUCUAUCAUAUUUUUCCAAUGCAAAACUUUCUUUCAUGCACAAUAAUAAAUAUAAAACGUUAUUGAGGCUAGGUUUUAAUAUAACCUGCAUCCUGAGUCAGAUAAUCUUUAUUUAUAAAUAUUUCACAAAAUAUUACGUCUGAAUGAAUAUAAUGAAUAUUGGUAAAUAUUAACACUAACAAGACUACGUUUUAAUUCCAGAAUACGCUAUCCAACGACGGAAUAUUGUUCUACCCAACAUACCCAUACGUAGCAGAUUUACAUUACAGAAUUUACUACAAAUUCCUGAACUGCAGUUAUUUGACGAUCUUCAACGUACUAGGAAUACCAGUAACAGCUUGCCCUAUUGACUUCACCAGCAAUGGACUGCCAGUAGGCAUACAAAUAGCAGCGAACAAAUGCAAUGAUCAUUUAACUAUAGCCGUUGCUAAAGAAUUUGAAAAAGCCUUUGGAGGAUGGGUACCGCCUAACAAAGAUCUCAUAGCUGAUGUUAAAAUAGCAUAAAAUAGGGUUAAUCAAAUUUAUCUAAAUAUGACACAUGCAACAAUUUAGUACUAAAUGUCAUAUUUUAAGUCGUUAUUCGUUUGCUUGUCCUUGUUCCCUAUUUCAUUUGGGAACGGAAAUUUAUACUACGUAACAAAAAACAACACAAUUGUGCGUGGUGACCGAGCAAGAGAGACUUUCAGU